AUGGUUUCUUGUCCUAUCUGUCAGAAAUCUGUCCCGCAGUUAAAGAUCAAUGAUCAUCUUGAUUCUGGCUGCCAGAGCUUCGUUGAGGAACCGUCUUCCUCCCCGGUCGAGCUAUCCGCCUCUCAGAAAGCCGUCCCGAGUAUAUUCCAACCCUCCUCCGCACGCAAAUCCUCUUCCCAAACCGUGCCUAAAGAAUCUCCGUCUCGCCCCAGUGCACCGACUCCACGUCCUUUGAAUGCCAAACGAUCGUUCACGCAAGAUACCCCGACCCGAGAGAAUAGUGCGAACCAAUAUAAUGGAGACCCGGAGCCGCAAGCCAAACGUCCAAAAGUCAAUGCUUUUCACAAGGCAGCCCCGCUUGCGGAGCGGAUGCGCCCCAAGAAUCUCGAAGAAGUCUGCGGACAGGAACUGGUCGGCUCUUCGGGGGUGCUUCGUGGACUUAUCGAACAAGACCGUGUUCCAAGUAUGAUUCUUUGGGGAAGCGCGGGCACAGGCAAGACCACAAUUGCUCGAGUGAUAGCAUCCAUGGUGGGUAGUCGGUUUGUGGAAAUCAAUAGUACCAGCAGUGGGGUUGCAGAGUGCAAAAAGAUUUUCGCCGAAGCUCGUAGUGAGCUUGGCCUUACUGGCAGAAAGACCAUUAUCUUCUGCGACGAAAUCCAUCGCUUCUCAAAAUCACAGCAGGAUGUGUUCCUUGGCCCCGUGGAAAGUGGACAAGUGACCCUGAUCGGUGCCACUACCGAAAACCCAUCCUUCAAAGUUCAAAAUGCCCUGCUCUCCAGAUGCAGAACAUUCACCUUGGCGAAACUCACCGAUGCGGACAUCGUCUCUAUUCUUCAACGAGCUUUGAAGGUAGAAGGCCCCAACUACAACCCAUCCGAACUGGUUGAUGAUGAGUUGAUCCAAUAUCUAGCCCGGUUUGCAGAUGGUGAUGCCCGAACCUCACUCAACCUCCUGGAGUUGGCAAUGGACCUCUCCAAAAGACCCGGGAUCACUACAGACGAUCUGAAAAAAUCUUUAACCAAGACCCUGGUGUAUGACCGUGCCGGUGAUCAGCACUAUGAUACCAUCUCUGCUUUCCACAAGUCUCUUCGAGGCAGUGAUCCAGAUGCCGCCCUCUACUAUCUAGCCCGCAUGAUUCAGUCCGGCGAAGAUCCAUUAUACAUUGCCCGACGACUGAUUGUCGUCGCUUCUGAGGACAUUGGCUUAGCAGACAAUACCAUGCUUACCCUGGCAAUCUCCACACACUCUGCCGUUGAAAAGGUCGGACUUCCCGAAGCACGAAUCAAUUUGGCUCACGCGACCGUUGCUAUGGCAUUGUCUAAAAAGAGCACCAGAGCAUACCGUGGACUGAACAAUGCCUUUGCUGCUUUGAAUGAACCUGGCGUUGCGGGCUUGCCGAUUCCUAUUCACCUCAGGAACGCACCGACCAAGUUGAUGAAGGAAUUAGGCUACGGCAAGGAGUAUAAGUACAACCCGAACUACGUGGAUGGCAAGGUUGAACAAGAUUAUCUCCCAGAGGAGAUCCUUGGCCGUACCUUCUUGGAAGAUUUGGAUCUUGGUACACAACGAGAUCCCGCUCUAUGUAGUACCAGGCGCAGAGGCAACUGA